GGCAGCAUGCGUUGGUGUAGAUGUUUAUCCUAGUCACUUUGCAUCCCUAUUGAAGGAAUGCAAGUCUGCAAAUACAGUUCAUCAAAUUCACCAACAGAUAAUUGCUUCUGGUCUUCUUUCUUUGCCCACACCAUUAUUGUCAGUCUCACUGCCAGCAUUGCCAUCCGAACCAUUUAUAUCUCCAAGAUCUCUGGGUACUGGUGUCGUAGCUUCUUAUCUUGCUUGUGGUGCUACCGACUAUGCUCUCUUGGUGUUGGAACGUGUUACACCGUCACCAGCUGUGUGGUGGAAUCUACUUAUCCGAGAACACAUCAAACAAGGCCGCCUUGACAGUGCAAUUAAUGUCUCUUGCCGCAUGCUGCGUGCUGGAACUAGGCUGGACCAUUUUACUCUACCACAUGUAUUAAAAGCAUGUGGAGAGCUACCUUCAUACCGUUGUGGUAGUGCAUUCCAUGGAUUGAUAUGCUGCAAUGGCUUUGAGUCCAAUGUCUUCAUAUGUAAUGCGUUGGUGGCAAUGUAUUCCCGUUGUGGUUCUUUGGAGGAAGCCAGCAUGAUCUUUGAUGAAAUAACUCAGAGGGGUAUUGAUGAUGUUAUCUCAUGGAACUCUAUUGUUUCAGCCCAUGUUAAAAGUAGUAAUGCUUGGACUGCAUUGGAUCUGUUUUCAAAGAUGACAUUGAUUGUCCAUGAGAAGCCUACAAAUGAAAGGUCAGACAUCAUUAGCAUUGUCAACAUACUCCCUGCAUGUGGUUCUCUAAAGGCAGUACCUCAAACUAAAGAAGUCCAUGGUAAUGCUAUUCGUAAUGGCACAUUUCUAGAUGUUUUUGUUGGUAAUGCCCUGAUUGAUGCUUACGCUAAGUGUGGUUUGAUGGAAAAUGCGGUAAAGGUUUUCAACAUGAUGGAAUUCAAAGAUGUGGUUUCUUGGAACGCAAUGGUGGCUGGGUACUCCCAAAGUGGCAACUUUAAGGCAGCCUUUGAGCUUUUCAAGAACAUGCGCAAGGAAAAUAUCCCAUUAGAUAUGGUAACAUGGACUGCUGUAAUUGCAGGCUAUUCUCAGAGGGGAUGCAGCCAUGAAGCACUCAAUGUAUUUCGUCAAAUGAUAUUUUCUGGGUCCUUGCCAAAUUGUGUCACAAUCAUCUCUGUGUUGUCUGCCUGCGCUUCUUUGGGAGCAUUUUCUCAGGGUAUGGAAAUUCAUGCCUACUCCCUAAAGAACUGUCUUCUAACCUUGGAUAAUGAUUUUGGUGGUGAGGAUGAGGAUCUUAUGGUGUACAACGCGCUAAUAGAUAUGUACUCAAAGUGCAGAAGCUUCAAAGCUGCACGCUCCAUAUUUGAUGAUAUACCUCUGGAGGAACGCAAUGUUGUCACCUGGACUGUCAUGAUCGGGGGGCAUGCACAAUAUGGGGACUCAAAUGAUGCCCUCAAGCUUUUCGUGGAGAUGAUUUCGGAACCAUAUGGAGUAGCCCCAAAUGCUUAUACAAUUUCGUGCAUUUUGAUGGCCUGUGCACAUUUGGCAGCCAUACGUAUAGGUAAGCAGAUUCAUGCUUAUGUGCUUCGUCAUCACCAAUAUGACUCAUCUGCAUACUUUGUGGCGAACUGCCUCAUUAAUAUGUACUCAAAGUGUGGGGAUGUUGAUACAGCUAGGCAUGUAUUCGAUAGCAUGUCUCAAAAGAGUGCUAUUUCUUGGACAUCAAUGAUGACAGGGUAUGGAAUGCACGGUCGUGGUAGUGAGGCCCUGGACAUAUUUGACAAGAUGCGGAAAGCAGGCUUUGUUCCUGACGAUAUAACCUUCCUGGUUGUUCUUUAUGCUUGUAGUCAUUGUGGAAUGGUUGAUCAAGGUCUAUCGUACUUUGACAGCAUGAGUGCAGAUUAUGGUUUGACACCUCGGGCAGAGCACUAUGCCUAUGCUAUUGACUUGCUGGCCCGCUUUGGGCGAUUAGAUAAGGCAUGGAAAACAGUUAAGGAUAUGCCAAUGGAGCCCACCGCAGUAGUUUGGGUUGCAUUACUGAGUGCCUGUAGAGUACAUUCAAAUGUUGAACUUGCUGAACAUGCUCUGAACAAACUGGUCGAGAUGAAUGCUGAAAAUGAUGGAUCUUACACGCUUAUCUCCAACAUAUAUGCCACUGCAGGGCGGUGGAAGGAUGUAGCGAGGAUCAGGCACUUGAUGAAGAAAUCAGGAAUUAAGAAGAGGCCAGGAUGCAGCUGGGUCCAGGGUCAAAAGGGCACAGCAUCUUUCUUUGUCGGAGAUCGAUCACACCCACUAUCCCCACAAAUUUAUGCUCUUCUGGAGAGUCUAAUUGAUCGCAUCAAAGCUAUGGGAUAUGUUCCUGAGACAAACUUCGCAUUACAUGAUGUUGAUGAGGAAGAGAAAAAUAAUCUUCUUGUUGAGCACAGUGAGAAACUUGCUCUUGCAUAUGGUCUCCUCACAACUUUCCCUGGUUGCCCAAUAAGGAUCACAAAGAACCUGCGUGUAUGUGGUGAUUGCCAUAGCGCAUUCACCUACAUUUCCAAGAUUGUGGACCAUGAGAUCGUAGUGCGCGACCCCAGUCGUUUUCAUCAUUUCAAGAAUGGUUCAUGCUCAUGUGGUGGCUAUUGGUGAGGGUUUCUUUUGUGAAAGCAUCAGAGGUAGAAGCAUAAACUAAGUAGUUAACAAUGUAUUACUAGAUAUUUUCCCACAGUAAGGAAUACUGAUGUAAUCUAGAUUCUUUAUACUCUAGCCAUGAAAACUUAUCAUUUUGGGCAUCAACAUGGUCUCCUAAAUAUAACUUUGAUAACAAUUUCUAUCACAAUAUAUUUGCAAGACAAUACUUUGAUCA